GGACGGGAUUCUGUACUCACUUAUCGACAACUAUCGAUAUUGUUAACUAAUGACAGCCAAUGACGGCCGCGCUUUUUUCCAAGAUCGUCCUUGCCAUUGGCUGUCGUUAUUUAACGAUACCGACGGUUGUCGGCGGACAUGUACAGAAUUCGGCUCUGAAGAAUAUUGGAACGUUGCUAUAGUUCGAUGAUUUAUGCUGGCGUGUAUGAUUGUGCGGAUGUCGUCGAUUGUUAUCUAAUUUCGUGUAGUGUGAGAGUAAUUGUGAAAGGUAAAUAAUUGUGCGAUACGAGAGAUAGCAAAAUCGAAACAAUAUGAUGCAAUUUAUGCUGCUGUUUAGCCGUCAAGGGAAACUUCGUCUACAGAAGUGGUAUGUUGCACAUCCCGAUAAAUUGAAAAAGAAAAUCACCCGCGAGCUGAUCACCACGAUACUUGCGCGAAAACCAAAAAUGUCGAGUUUCUUAGAAUGGAAGGAUGUUAAAGUUGUUUAUAAAAGAUAUGCAAGCUUAUAUUUUUGCUGUGCAAUUGAACAGAAUGACAAUGAAUUGCUGACAUUGGAAAUUAUACAUCGAUAUGUUGAGUUAUUGGAUAAGUAUUUUGGCAGUGUAUGCGAAUUGGAUAUAAUUUUUAAUUUUGAAAAGGCAUACUUUAUCCUAGAUGAGCUACUUGUUGGUGGGGAAAUUCAAGAAACUAGCAAAAAAAAUGUAUUGAAAGCCAUCGCUGCCCAGGACUUGUUACAGGAGGAGGAGACUCCUCAAGGAUUCUUCGAAGAUCAUGGAUUGGGAUAAUAUUCUUUAAAACAAUACACAUAUUUAUUUGUAAGUUUACAUUCCUAUAAUUAUGUUUUAUCAUUCCAUAUUUUUAUUUAAUGCAACCUCCAUGUCGUGAAUCCUAAAAAUUAAAAGAAUGUAUAAGAAUAUUUUGGAUGUAAUCAUUAAUUGUUAAAUUUAUUUUAAUGUAAAGAAAAAAUAGGAAUGAAAGAUUUACAUUUUUUCUUUAGCUUUGAAUAAAAUUUACUCGUACAUUUUUUUUAAGUACUGAUCGCAUUUACAUUAAUUUUAUCGAAUCAACAAUAGAUAGAAAAUGACAAUGGCAAUCGGAUGUAUUUUGAUAUGCGUAAACAUGUUAUUUCUUUGAUUUAUAUUUUAUUUUAUUUAAAGCCAUGCAAUUAAAAAAUUGAUUGUUCUGUUUAAUUAACGAGGAAAUGAUAGAAUGUUUAAAAAUUGUUAAACAAAAUAAAUGUAUAAUUUCAUACUUCUUAUAUAUUGUGUAAAACCAAGAAAAACAUUUUUUAAAUUUUAAUUUAAAACUGUUUCUUUUAUGUGACGAAAGAUAAUAUUACGAAAAUCCUAUUUAUGUAAUAAUACAAAAUAUAUUAUGGUUGGAUGAAAUUACAGAUCUAUAAAAUUAGCGACUAUAAAAUGUAAUAUUCCCAUCAAGAACAUAAAUUAUUUAUACACAAUCAUUCAUUAUGAUGUUUCAAUCAUAUAUGAUGUAUUAUUAAUUAAAUAUAUAUUUUGUAUUACAUAAUAUCAUUAAUUGAAAUUCCAGAUCUUUUUCUGAAUAUAGAACUACAAUAAAUGUUUGCACAUUUUCAAUUAUUGUUAGAAAAGAAGUUACAAUAAGAAUAUUAUCUGAUUGGAAUAUUAAAAAGUAUAACAUAGACUGCGUCAGAGAGAAAAAUUGUAGAAUCGAUAGUAAAUAUGUAUUCUUUGAGGAAUUUGAUGGCCAAAAUCAUUCAUUAGUAAAUGUUAAAGUUGAUCAGAUUUAAUUUGUCAUUGAUUAAAAAGUAACAUUAAAAUGUAGUUUGUGAUAUAAUUAUCUGAAUUUAUUUCAUAUAAAGAUUUAGCAACCAAGAUUCUGUUUGUCAAGAAAUUGACUGUUUCUCGCUGUUGUUUGUUAACAUGUACUCGGCUUGUACCAAUGUAUUGUUUAACAUUAAAAUGUUAUAUUAAUGCAUGUUUGCCAAAUAUGAAACUGUAUACACCGAUUAGAAUAGUUAUCGGAGAAUCUUGUAAGUUGUUGAGACUCUUGAUUUAUCGAAUGAGAAGGUAUCCAGUUACUUGAUGUUUCAUUACAAAAAAAAGGAAAAGAAGAACACAUAAAAGGCUACAUCUUUA